UGGGAUUUGCCUUUUCCAACCCCCCAGGAUUCCCCGGAAUACCCGUUAUCCAUGAGCUCCCGUCCCUGGCGCCGAUUCCGGGCGGGAUUCUCGGAGCUGGUGGCCACAGUGGUGCGGCGCUGCCAGUACAGCGUCAUCUACGAUGGAUUCCUCAUGGAUUCCUGGAUCUCCUUCCUCACCGGCCUCUCGGAUUCCCAGGUCCGGGCCUUCCGCCACACCAGCACCUUGGCAGCCCUGAAGCUGAUGACGGCGCUGGUGGACGUGGCCCUGGGCGUCCACGUCCAGCAGGACAACAACCAGCGGCACCUGGAGGCGGAAAAGGCCAAGGAAUUGGGAAGGAGGGGCACGGAAAAGAUGGAAGCGCUGCUGGAAAAGCGCCGGGAACUCCUGGAGCAGCAGGAGGAGAUGGAGGUGCUGAUGAACGUCGUGUUCAAGGGGGUCUUCGUGCACCGCUACAGGGACGUGGUUCCCGAAAUCCGGGCCGUGUGCAUGGAGGAGUUGGGAAUCUGGAUGAGGAGAUUCCCGGGAUCCUUCCUGACAGACAGUUACCUCAAGUACAUCGGGUGGACACUCCACGACAAGCAAGGGGAGGUUCGGCUCCAGUGUGUGAAGGCGCUCCAGGGAAUUUAUGGAAACCCCGACAUGGCCCCACAGCUGGAAUUGUUCACUGGGAGGUUCAAGCCCCGGCUCGUGGCCAUGGCCCAGGACAAGGAGCCCGAGGUGGCCCUGGAGGCCGUGAAGCUCCAAAUCCUCCUGGUCCAGAAUGUGGGGGAUUCCCUGUCGGAGGAGGAUUGCCAGAGCAUUUAUCCCGUGGUUUUCGUGGCCAACCGGGCCCUGGCCUCGGCUGCUGGAACCUUCCUGUUCCACAGGUGAAU